AGGCGGCCUCCCGCGCUCUCAGCUGCAGUGAGCUCCUCAGGCGCGGGUGGAAGGUUCGCGGUCGCGCACAGCCUGCCGGGAGCACGCGCCCACCGCGGUCAGUGGGCGUCGCCUCCCGCGCUCAGCUUUGUUGCGCGUGGCGCGUAUACGUCACUUCCACUGCGAAUCCCCCGCAGGCCCGCCUACCGCCCCGCCCCCAGCGCGUCCGUAACGCAGGGCAACUGCCUCUGCAGCCCGCCGGCGGGGACUAAGCUACCCGGGGGCCUUGCACCCCGCCGGCCCCACAGGAGGGUGUGAGCGGCGGCGGCCGCUUCCCCGCCUCCGUGGCAAGUCCCCAGACCACUCCACGGGCUGCAGCGCGACACCCCCUGCCCAGUUCGGAAGGAAACUGCCUUCUGAGGCGGGGAGGCAAAAAGGAGAGGAAGAAGAUGUUAAAGACUUUAAGCAACCAUCACAGUAAUGGAUCUCAGUCUGAAAAACGAGACUGAAUUAGAAAAUAGUGAAAAUAAUGAAAUUCAAAGCACAGAAGAAACUGAACUAAUCUAUACUUGUCCAGAUGAAAGAAGUGAAAAGAAUCACGUUUGUUGUCUUCUCAAUAUCAGUGACAUUACACUUGAACAAGAUGAAGAAGCCAAAGAGUUUGUCAUUGGAACUGGAUGGGAAGAAGCAGUCCGAGGCUGGGGAAGGAUUUCUCCAACUGCCUGCAUCUGGCCCAGGAAGAAGCUUAAAAAGGCGAAGAUGGGAGAAAGUGCCAGCAGCUGCUUGCUCUGUGUCAGCCUCUCCCAAGGGAGCCUGGAGGCCAGGCUUCAGUCGGAGGCCAGGAAGUUGGUGUCGGGGACUUCAGCUCCGGCUAAGGCAGGGCCGGAGAAGGAUGGAGGCAGCCUCUCCCAGACUCCGGGCCCCCCGCCAGGCCCCAACACUGCCUACCGGGAAGUUAACAGGAUCUGCUUUCCCACUUACAGUCAGGGAGAGAAAAAAAGUCUGCAAAUAAAAGAGUUUAUUUGGUGCCUGGAAGACUGGGCCACUCCCAAGGCUGUGAGGGGCAACGACCCCGGAAGCCCCGGCGGAGGCGCUGACGGAAGUGCCUCCGUGGCAAACUCCUUGACUUCCAAGGCCCUUUUAGUUCUACCUGCCCUGAAGUCUUCACUCCCAAAUGGCUUGGAUGUGCCAGGUAAGAAGAGUCAGAACUUUUUCUUACAGCAGGAAGAGAAGGGGCCGAGCGUGGCGAAGGAUGAGCAAGUGGCUUGUGCAUAUGGGGUGAAAACAGUUGACGGGACAGGUGAAAAGAGGCCCAUUGAGCUGGCCAAGCACCACAAGGUGAAGGAAACGCAGCCUUUCCCCACCCCGGUGGCCCGGACAUCCCUGCUGGCCGGUCCCGAGCCCUGCUGCCUGCCCUGGUCCCUCCUGCCUGAAAAACACCUGGUGUGCCCUCCCCACCACAACAGUGUUCGCUAUCUCGCCACCCUGCAGCUUGUGCAGAAACAAGGAGCGCAGACCUACAAAGCCAAAUUCAAAGCCAGGGAGCCGAGACCUCCCGUGAAAACCCCACAGUGCGUUCUCACAGCGGCCAAGCCGGAAAACAGGCCGCAAACGCUGGAGACCAAAGUGUUCUCAAGGCCUCUCUUGCCGUCCCUCACGGUGAGCAGAGUUGUUAUGGCCGUUCCCACUCACAGACUCCUCUGAGUUGCCAUGAUGUAAUUCCCUGGGAAUAAGCACCGUCUGAAAGUUGUUCAUCUUCUCUUCCCUCUCUCCCUCCUGCCCCAACCCCAGUCUCUUCCUCCUCCUCCUCCUUGUCUUCUCGUACACUUUUCUCUCCCCCUCUCCCCUGGUGCUUUUUUGUAGUAUAAUCAGGGCAAAUUGAACCUCAUUGUAUGGGUUUUGAUGUGCUCUCAAAGCCCCGAUAUUUAUGUGUUACCUGCUUCUAUUGCUUAGCCGUUUACAAAACGCAAACUGGUAAUGCCAGUCUCAGCCUCUGCCUGACUUAUCUCUGCACUGGAAGACAAGUGGAUGGUGGGGAAUCUGAAGGGCCUCCCUCAGGGAUGCCCCCAUACCAGCCCUGAGCCAACCUGCAGGGGCUCCUGCCCCCUCAACCCCAGUGCCUUAAGCCAAGCGUACUGGGCGUGUGUAGACCAUAUCGUUUCUUGAUCUUUUGAACCCGGCAGAUGUCCGUCUGUUGCCGCAUUUUCUCUUGCAACAAAGAUCUGCUUUAAUAGAAACAAUGUUAUAAGAGAAAAAUUCCAGCCUGUGUCCAAAUGAAUAUCCUCUAUCCAAGGUGGUGUAUCCUUAUAUUAUAUCCAUGGAUGUACGGCAUCCCUUGUUUCCUAUAUGCCCCAGAUUUCAUAUAUUAUAGCCUCAUGCUUGUCGCACAUUUCAUAUAUUUCAUAUAUUAUAGCCUCAUGCUAGUCUCUGUGUCUGGGAAGUUUUUCUUACCAUUCUACAAAAUUCAUCUUGGGAGGCAGGUUAAGAAUUUUUUUUUUUAAAUGUCGCUGUGAUUAUUUUCAGCACACAUGCUUCCUCCAGUCUUACCUUAUAACUACUAUUGGAACUCGACAACCCCAGACAGACAAGUAUGGAAUGGGGCUGUGACUUUCUUCCUUCUUCCAUCUUUCCUCUCCCCUCAUUUUACCCGAGUGCGUAUCUCCUGAAGUUGUAUAUAAAUUAAACUUUUGUAAAUGAGUUAUAUUUUAAAUGUGAAGUGACAAUGCUAUGUAGAGAAAUGCUCUGAAGAACCAUUUUGUAAUAUGCAUAACCAUUUAGCCGCUCUGUAAUUACAUAGUUGGCAUGUGCUUAAGGUAGGUUGUACUUGAACUCUAGGCUUUCCGUCUCCAAAAUGAUGGGCAGACAGAAUAUAUGACUGUAUGUGUAAACAUCUGCUUUCCAUAACUGGUUUUUGUGAUGUCUUGUCUGUUUAAGUUUAGGUUUUUUGGUUUUGUUUUGUUGGUUUGUCUUUACAGGAGUGACUAUAGUACAACCGUCACUGAAAGGCGUAUUUUGCCUUUUGAUGUCAUACACUUUAUAGUCUAGAAGCAGUUAACAGGUUCUACUCAUUCUUUCUUCUCUGAAUGAAGAAACCAUCUGGAUUCAUCCCCAAGAAGAGGCCCUGAUUUCUCACUGUGUCUGGACAGUGGGGGUCUUGGACCCAGUACUGUUUGAGCACCCUCCAGCUCUGGCAGCCUGCCCACCUAAGUCAGUUGUUUUUCAAGCCCCUCUUUAUAAGUUGCAGAAUAAUGAAUAAGCUCACUAUGUAAAGCAGUCAUAAGUGUUUGAUUGGGAGGGAAAAAGUAUCCACCAGUAUGAGGGACAAAGCCCACCUGCUCAGCCCAGAUGUACUUACCUGUUGAGAUCUUGAGGCAGUCUAAACUGAUCCAAGUUACAACAUAAUGUUUUUCUUUCUUAAGAAAAACUCAGUUGUUGAGAUAAGGGUUAUAAAUUCUAUAGCUUUAGGGGUAAACAUAUAAUAAUUUAGAAUUGAGGAGAGCCAGUUUGAACAAAGGAAGGGCCAAAUUUACAGGUUUGUAGUAUCUUUUUGGAGCAAAUAAUUUGGUCAACAAAAUGUUGACUAGAAGAUCCCUCUGUGAAUAGAUAAGAAUGCUUUGCAUUUGGCAUCUUUUUCUUUAGGUAAUUAUUCAAGUACCUGUUAAAGGCCCUCUGAUAUCUUAUCUGUGUUAGCCGUGGUUUAAAUUGUUUCUCUGUGGAUAGUCACUCUAGGCCUUGUCCCAAUUUCUAUUCAGAUUAAAUCAGGACAUCCAAACUGGUCUUUGAUGUCCAAGUUUAGAUAAAGGCUAAAUGUUUACUAGAAUGCAGCCCCCCUUAGGGUUCUAGGUCACUAACAAAAAUCCUGCCAUUUUAAGGAGUUAAGCAUGUUAUAAUUCAGUGCCAGUGGCCCUCUUCCUACCUCCAGGUGAUGAUCUCAGUUAGAUUUUGGUUCCUCUAGUCCUCCCCAAACCAAGCAUGGAGGGCUCUGUGUUUCACCCCUCAUUCUGUUAUGUUUGGCUGUCUCAUUAGUAAAGCUUUCCAAACCCCUAUUCUUUUUUGAAAUUAAAAAAAUCACCGAGUGGAACUGUGGCAGCACCCGACAGAGGGCUCCUGCAGGGCCUGAGGUCAACUACUGGGUGAGGCCAGGCUGAGGUGUGGGGAUGCUCCUGGGCAAGGGCAGGGCCGUAGGGGCUGGAAACCUCGGAAAGACAGAGUAUAGAUCUGACAGAGAGACGAGGGACAAGGCCAAAGGGAAGACUAAGAAUAAGACCCGGCGACAUUUGGACAAGUAUGUAGGGCUUUGGCUACUCAGGGAGACUUUCCCUAAUUUUUAGCUAUGUUCUUUUUAUUCUGGACUUUGCCCCCUAUUGUGAAAUUUACCUGUACUUCCAGGACCAUGGUAUAAAAUGACUUGAACCCAGAAUCAAAUUUGCUUUCAACCUCUCCCGAAGCACGGGAGCCCCAGCCUGUCUCCCUGUGGGCUCCCCCAGCUGGCCAAGCAGGCCGAGCUGCGCAGUUGGAGUCCCGCAUCUGGGACUUUUUGGGUGUCUGGGCUUGGGUCCAGUGCAGCCUUAGUGCUGCAGUUUAGGGGCUACGGAAAAGUCAGAUGGGGAAGAAACGGGCUCCUGUGGCUGUGACUGAGGUUAGACGACGGUGGUCCCUGGUACCACGGGCAACACUCUCCCACUGUCUGCCAGGCUAACUGGGGCACUGGAAUCAGGAGAGAUUCAGUGCUGUGCGCUUGAUGCCCAGGCUAAGCUCUGACCCGAGCUCUACUAGCCAGUCACAUGAUACAAUAAUUCCACUUGAACUGGCAAGGCACUGUUCUAAGAGUUCAAAGCCUCUUCUGGGUAUUAUCUCUUUUUAUCCUGAGCAAAUUCAUGAGGGUCAGGGAUCAUUUUCUCCUGUGACCCAAGGAGAAUCCAAUCCAGAGAGCUUGUGUUUAGUCAGGGCUGGUGUGCACCUUGGGCAUAUGAAGGUGCCAACUUAUCUCCAAGGUGAGGGAACAGCUGGAGCACUGGGUGGAAAGUAUCACAUAAGGCAGGAAGGAAGGCUUCAGAAUGUCAUUCCUUCCUGUAAGAUGGGAACAAUUUGACAUAGGAUGUGGUGAAGACGAGGAGGUAAUGUAUGUAAAACAAAUCAAAUAGAGGUUUGAUCUGUGGUUUUCCUGAAUGUGGUGAUCAGAUCAAAUACAAAUAGCUGGAUCAUUUCCCUUUAAUGAAUAGCUUUUCAAAAUCACCUAGAAAUCCUGUGGGCAUGGCCAGUUGUCAUUUGGAGUUUGAUGGGUCUUCACUUUUUAGAAGUCCUCAGAGGGCUUCCCUGGUGGAGCAGUGGUUGAGA